AUAGUCCCGAACCAAUCAAAUGAGAUUCAGUAGAGAGAAAUGGGAAGUGGAGACACAAUCCAGUGAACACAUACAGAACAGAGAAAUGCAGAUUGAUGGCCUGGAGGAGAAGCUGUCCCUCUGCAGACAAAGCAUGGAGGAGGUAGACCUUAAGCUGCGCAGAGAGGAGCUCAGUCCUGAAGGAAGAAAGUCACUGGAGAGAGAGAGAAGCCUGCUUGUGACCAAAGCUGAAACCUAUGAACUCCACCAGGGUGAGAGGCGGAAGCGGAGUCGAUGGGGGAUCCACAGCCGUCGAUCCCAUGCUAUGAGGACAGGAGAGAGAGAACUAAAAGUGCUCCGUCAGGAAAAUCGCAAGAACGCAGCCAUUGCACUGGCCAUAGUACUAUUGAUUAUUGUUGUUUACAGCUGCUGGACAAUGUAGUCAUGGUUCAGAACUCUCACUACUGACCACAGGGCUCCACUGCAAAGACCUCUUCCUUCUCCAGCUGAUGUGCCUCCCACCCAGGGGCUGGGCAGCUUUUCAGACCAUUAGGCACCUGCAGUCUUCAUGGCCUGGACAGCCUUCUCUCUGGCAGCUGAGGAUCUUGAAGGCAAUGGGAAGCUACAGACACAGCACAAGUGGGUUUGGAGAGCAGACUGAAGUUCAGCUGGAGCCAUCUCCUCCACAUACUGUCCUGGGGGGCCCAUGGAACAGACUGCAAAUUAAUUUCAGGGGGAUGCAUGCCUCAAGUUCCCCUUUUCCUAGUGGGCCUUCUCUGUUCCUUGCUGCUCACUACAAGGUUUUGGAGCCUGAAAUCCUCUCCGCUCAGUUCAGGCAGAACCUGGGAAAGCUUCCCUCUUACUGUGCCUCAGCCCUGAGUUGAAGGGACCAAUCUCUGGAGCUCAAAGGGGGAGUUCAGUCAUUGUGCCCCUCUCCUGUGAUUGCCAAAAAUCCCCAUGUGUAGUAGUGCCAGUUAGAGAGACACUUUUUUCAACAUAGCUUCCUGCUAACCUGGAGGGGGCCAGAGGAGUCAGUACCUGAAAAUGGGGUCUUUGGGAUGGUGUCUUCCUGCCACUCAGCCAAAUGAACUAAGAGGGCAGAAAGACAAUAGCAGUUCCUAAACCCUGGGUAGUGGUGUGUGUCUAUAUACAGCACUCCCCAAGCCCCCUCUCUGUCUCCCCCCUGCCCCAAGGCAGGGCUUAGCGAAGGGAACUGCAGUCUCAGACGGAUAGUUCUGGGACACUAAGGAUUAAAACUCACUGGCUUAAUGGCGGGGCGCUCUGAAUUCAGGGCAGAAGCUGUAUUGUUUUUUAAAUAAAGUCAUUUGAACAUAUGAAGGA